AUGAGCAACACUGGGGAAGUAGGAAACCCUCCAGAUGAGGUUGAAGUGGGGGGAAGUGAAAACGUAUCAAAGGCAAAACAACAAGAUGAGGAAACGCUUUCAAGUGACGACAAAAGCUCUAGCAGUGAUGAAGACCAUGACGGUUUAUUACUCACUUCCAAAUUUAAAAAAAAGUUCAGCGAUUUGUUACUCAAGUUAAAAAGUAAAGAUUCGAACUUGCUGUCCAAGGAGGGAGAUUUUUUUUUCCACGACAGUGAUUUUGAGACAGAAGUGUCUGACGACGGGGAGGGCGACGAAAGGGGAAAAGAUGACCAAGUUGGUGAAAGCGCUGCAAAAGAAGGCAACCUGAACUAUGCGGAAUACUUCAAAGACAUACUAAUGAAGGAUGGGUCACAUGCCAUUGACCAGGAGGAAGAAGAACUGAUCGAGAAGGAAAAGGAAGCAUGCUCGAAAGAAAACAAAAAGAGCUACAUAAACGAACAGGAGGAAUUAAAAAAGAAAAUUUUAGAAGCAUGCAAAAUUGCAGAUGAAGAAAACGAAAAUGAAGGUGAUGAUGAAAAUUUUUUCACUAUAAAGGAAAAAUCAGAAAAGGAAAUUUUGGAGGAGAAAGCAUAUUAUGAAAAUUUUUUAAAGACAUCCAAAAUUGUCAAGGAAGAGGAUGGGCUGUUAAAGGAAUACUGGAAUGACAAUUUAAAUAAAGAUGAAGAAUUUUUAAGGGACUAUAUUUUGAAAGAAUUGUGGAGGGAAGACAAAAUACACAACGUUUAUGAAGACAUUGAUGAAGUUGAUGAUGAAGAUUUGGACAAGGCUGCUAAGUUUGAAAAGACGUACAAUUUUCGAUAUGAAGAACAGAAUGGAAAUAUUAUAAAUUCCAACCCGCGCCAUAUACAGAGCAGCGUGAGGAUUGAUUUAAGGAAGGAAAAGAGGAGGGAAAAGCGGAGAGAAAAGAGGAAGAGACAGAGGGAAAAGAAGCGGAAGAAGCUUACGGAGGAUUUGAAAGAGGGGGACAGCAAAGGGGGCGGGAAAAAGAAAAGAAAACUGGACCAAAAUAGGACAAACAAUAAAGAGGAGGACCCCCAUAAUAAUGACAACAACAACCUUGUUAGUGGCGAGUGUGGAGGAGACGAGGAGGAAAGCACCACUGCCAACACGUCCUUACCAAAGGAGAAAAAAAAAAAAAAAAAAAAAAAGGCAACUGAUGAACAUUCCGGUACAGGGGAAAAUUCAAACGACCUGUGGUUUUUAUGCGACGAAUGCAAUGUGCCCAUAAGCCCCCUCAGUUAUGUGUAUGAAUGCACCUUUUGCGACAACUUUGCCGUGUGUAAACCUUGUUUUAAAAAAAUAACACAUGAGCAUGAUUUGAAAAAGCUGGUAGUACCUGCGCAUUGCGCACCUCCAAAGGAUUACCUAAAAGGGAAUGCUCCUGACAAGGGUGGAUCCAAAGGUAACCACCAUGACGGUGUGAAGAAGAAGUCUAGCGAGUUGGAAUACCUAGAGAACGACUCGAGUGCUUAUGAAGACCUAAUUGAUGACAUGCCCAUUCGAUUCAAAUACUUCAAAGUGAAGCCAGAAAAUUUUAAACUCACCACUGAUUAUAUUUUAAAAACGGACGACGAAACAUUGAAUCAGAUUGUCCCCCUACAUUAUGUAUCCCCCUACAUCAAGCACGGCACAAAGGCUAAACUUCGGGGCUUGAGUGGACAAAAAGGCGAUAGCCAGGAAAAGAAGAGAUCGAAAUUUAAAGGGAAGACUGCGGCACACAAUGAGCAGGGCGAUUAA